AUGCAUCCCAAUGAAGUCUUGAACAUUGUAAACGAAUGUAACAAUAAUUUAUUAGAUGACGAGGCAAUUGUUGUGCAUGUCAAUGACUGGCUAUCGCGAAAUAAAUACGAUUCUGAAGAGAUUUUUCGUGUUGUGAGGGAUCAGAGUUCACGGAUUGAGUAUGCGAUUUUGCUGGGAUUCAUGUAUCGUUGGGGCAUUGGGACAGAAAUUGAUGAAAUACGUGCAUUUGCAUUUUACAAUAAGGCAGCAGAAACUGGCAUCCCCCUAGGCCUCUCAGAAGUCGGUUACUGCUUUCUAAACGGAAAAGGCGUCUACCGUGACGAAGAAAAAGCUUUCAGCUAUUUCUUACGCGCAGCCGAACUCGGUAAUGGUUUCGCACAAUGUAGCAUUGCAUUCUGCUACGAUCAAGGAAUCGGCGUCGACCGCGACUACUACAAAGCACUAGAAUGGUACAUAAAGUCUGCAACGGCCGGCAAUGCUAUCGCGCAACACGAUCUCGCCGAUUGUUAUUACCGCGGUUUAGGAACUCCCGUUAAUCAGGUUUUGGCAUUGCAUUGGUAUAGACGAUCAGCGGAGAAAGGGCUCGCACGAGGAAUAUAUAAAGUUGGAAAUCAUUAUCAGGAAGGGUUGGGUGCCGUGCAAGAUUUGCAUGAGGCUAUUAGGUGGUAUCGGAGGUCGCAUCAGGCAGGAGAGACUUAUGCUAUUUAUAGUUUGAGGCUGUUGUUUGCUCAUAUGAAAAAUGACGACUUAUAG